AGACGUGUCCCGGUACCGGACCCGGCAGAACGCUUCAGACAGGGCCUUCUCCGACAAGGGGGGCCGAGCGGCGGGACCGGGGGCGGCAGGGGGGGCGGCCCCCUCUACUGCGCCGCGACCCGAGUCGGCCAUGUUGCGGCCUGCGACAGCCCGCGUGUCAGCAUCGUGGAAGUGCCGAGUGGAACCUGUCCGGGGGAGGAGCACGUCAGUCGGGGUCCGGUUAGCUUGCUAGCAGCGCCUCGACUCACCUUCGCCGUCUGGUUCUUGUUCUGGCGAGACGAUCGCUCGAUGGGCUGCCCGCAGCGGCGGUUACCAUGGUGACGCUACUCUACUCCAACCCUGCUAACAGCUAAGCUAACUGUCGGAGGAAGCGCUGAUUUAGUUAAAAGUGAGCUAAUCCAGCACAGCUCCCCCUCUUCCAGAAAAAGCAAAGCCACUAGCCGGAUGUGACGCCGAGACCCCGCCUGGCUAGCGUCUAACGCCGUUUAAUCGUCGACGUGAAACGUUAGCAUGUUUGUUCCGUCUGCUUCGACGUUCGGGUAGGAACAAUACAGGACGCCAAGGUUCCUUCUUCCACACCGCAGCUUGUCAAUAAAUUGACUUGUGGACAACUUCCAGCUUUCUCCCCGGACUUCUUUUGUUGCGACACACGCCUUCUUUCACUUCCACUCCUCCAAGACGAGUACAUUAAACCUGUCGCGGCGGCCUGCAGGGGGCGCACGACUACUGCAGCUGCACAGCGGAAGAAGAAGAAGAAGAAGAAGAAGUGACAGCUACCCAAACUAAACUUCGAAUACGACCUCGAUGGCGACCGGUCGUCCGGUGAAGGUUUAUUUGGACCUCCUUUCUCAGCCUUGCCGGGCGGUCCACAUCCUCCUCAACGCCGCCCAAAUCCCCCACCAAGUCCACACCGUGGCGCUCAGGAGAGGAGAACAGCAGAGCGAGGACUUCACCAAGUUGAACCCCAUGCAGAAGGUUCCCGUCUUGGAGGACGACAGCUUCGUGCUCACUGAGAGUGACGCCAUCCUGAAGUACCUGUGCCGGAAGUACGCGGUGGCCGAGCACUGGUAUCCACGGCAACCGGAGAGACGAGCGCGCGUGGACGAGUACGCGGCGUGGCAUCACACCAACACGCGACCCCACGCCGCCAAAGUCUUCUUACUGGAGGUCCUGUUCCCGACCCGGUCUGGCUCGGCCGUGGACGAGGCGGCUUUGGCUCGUGCGCUGUCCCAGCUGGACCGGACGCUGGACAAACUGGAGUCCAUGUUUCUGCGGCGACAGCCUUUCCUGUGCGGCGACGACGUCACGCUGGCCGACCUCCUCGCCGUCUGCGAGCUCAUGCAGCCUCUAGGCGGCGGUAGAGACGUCCUGCUGGGACGUCCCCGGCUGCUGAGCUGGAGGACGCGGGUCCGGUCGGCGCUGGGCGACGCCUUCGAUGACGCCCACGCGGUCCUGUACGCCGUCAGGGACCGCCGCAAGGCCAAGCUGUGACCCCGCCCGCAGAGGAACCGUUGCUAUGACAACGAGAAGAUGGUCAAACCCGGGAAAAAAUAAAAAGUCUUUAUUGGAGAAAA